AUGAAAGUGAUUUGACGGGCAGCAGAAGUUCCGGUGCGCCUCCUGUGCGUUUUUCUUUACGCGCACGCCUUUGAUGGUGUCACGCAACCCCCCAGCCCCCGGAGCGGCGUGUGUGUGCGUGCUCAGUCAGUCAGUCUGUCUGUCUGUCUAAUAGACUGACCCCCCAGCAAGCGGUUUAAAGAGCGCUGAGUCAACGAAUCGCAAGCAGAAGGAUGCAACAGUUGAUGUGCGCAUAAAUGUGCAGAGUUUUUCUCGCGUUUGGAGACGCUCUGCUCACAGGGAGGAUGGUGGCUGUGAUCCAUCAGGGGAAAAGGCUGCAAUCUUAGGUUGCCUUUUUUUUUUUUUUUUUAAAGAAAAUUUUAAGAAAACUGCAUAUUUGUUCCUCCACAAGGCAGUGACUAAAAAAAAAAAAAGAAAAAGAGCAAGCGCUGCUUUCUCUACAAAUAAAUGGGACGUUUUGGACUGAGUGGACUUUCACGCUCUGCUGGAAUGGAGUUAAUGCAUGAAUUUCAGAUGGUCUGCGGCGGCGAGUGAGCGAUCUGCGGAGCGGAGUGCAGCAAACAUGCAGCGGAUUCUGCAGAAGAGGCGAGUGCGCAAGCUGCGGGUCGUCUGGGCUUCCCUGGCCCUGAUGGCUCUGUCUCUGGCCGCCUGCAGCGCGCUGUUCACGGCGUGGACCUGGCGACAGACGCGGGACCUGUCCCAGUCCUUCCAGAUCCUGCAGGACCGACUCGAGCAGGUCAACACGCAGAGGAAGGCAAUUGUUCAGCUCAUUCUGGAGAAGAGAGAGCUGCUGCUGGAGCGAGUGAAGCGAGACGGGGGCUCGGUGAGAGGGAAAACCGGGAAUGGAAGGAAAGCGGCGUCUCAUUUUGAGAUAACCAAACUCUCCUCUCAGCAAGUCGGAGAAAGGGGCGUGAUAAAAGGCUGGGAGGAGAGGUCGCUCAAUAUGACUAAAGCGGUGAGGUACAACAGGGAGGAAGGUACCUUCACGGUGCAGAGAGCAGGAGUCUACUUCCUGUACUGUCAGGUGCUGUUCAACGAGCAGCAGUCUCAGUAUGUGAAGCUGGACGUGGUGACCAACGGGUCCCGGCCCCAGAAGCUGCAGUGCAUGGAGGGCUACGGGACCACGCCCUCCGCGGGGCCGCACUCCUUCCACUUUGUGAAGCCCUGCCAGGUGUCCGGCCUCCUGCGGCUGGAGAAGGGCACAGAACUCCAGGCCAAGACGGGCCCGUCCUUCAGCCUCCACCCGGUGGCCAAUCACGUUUUCAGCAUCUUCAAAGUCAACUGAGGAUCGGCGCUCGUCUGAGUUCGGUCGCAAACUAUCCUCGCGUCACACAAAUCCAGCAGGAUUACUGCAGAAUGUAACUGUUUGCAUUGAAAAUGGAUAAUAUAAUUUUUUUUUUCUUCUACAAGGCCAAACAAAAGGCUACAGCUAUUUCCCACAUGUGCUCAUAUGAGAGACAAAGCUGACAUUUGUGGAAGCUGUAGAGGAUUUAUUUUUUUUUCCUUCUCUGGACUGCAGCCUGUUUUGGAAUUCAGUUUUGGAUUAAAACCAAGACCUACAGUGAACAAAAAAAAAAACCUUGAUGAACUUCUGCCGAGAGAACAGAUGUGACGGAGGCCGGUCUGUGGAUUAAAGAGUUUCACAGAAUAAAAAAAAUUCCUCGGAGGUCCAUCUUAGCCCCCGUAUAACGCAAUAAAGUUAUUGCCUGAACUCUCAGCAAGCCCACAUUUAAGAUGUGCACCUUCCACAGACGAGAGCACAUCUGCGAGAGUCUGACUCUAUAAAACGCUUUCUCCAGUUGGCAUUGACUGUUUAAAUAAUGCUGCCUUUGUGUGAUUGUUUUCGUGUGUGAACUAACUCUGAUGAAUCAAAAACUUUGUGCUGAUUUUAUGAUCUCGUUGUUGCGAGGCGUCUGUGUGAAGUUGCUCUCUUUUUUUUUUUUCAAAUAUUUUGUAUAUAAGUCGGGUGUUAUUUUACAGAAUGUGCCUGAAGUUCUGAGUUGGCAGAGAAAAAUGGGGAACAUUUUAAGAAUAACACGGAUGUGAAUUUCUUUUUUGUUUUGUUUUUUCUUCUAAGGAGAAAUGAUUGUAUAGUUUAAAAGUCAAGGUUCAAAUCAUUGCAAGCAAAGCAUACCGCUGUAUAUUCUGCUUUAUCUGCUUUUUUUUUUCUUCCAGGGUGUUCCUCCUCUGUUUGAUGAUGCAAUGGCUAUUACUCAUACACUUUUUGUAACUUUUUUUUUAAGCCAAAGCGGCGCUAAAAAAGACUGAUUCAAGUGAUGCAACUAUGCAAGAGUCAAAAUGUGUUCUGGCAUUGAAUUUCAGCACAAGUAGCUGUGAGGAAUCUGUGGACGUUUCCAUGCAGAUUCUCAAGUGUAGCCAUCCGAAAUGUCAGGAUUUCUCGCAAAACAAUAACAGACACGACUAUUUUGUUGACAUUUCAGCUUUGCAUAUUAUAAAUUUUUUUUAUUAUAAAAUAAACACAAUGAAGGGCUCACACAAGCGUAGAUCACUACAGUAGUUGAACACUAUUGCAUUUUUUUUAUUAGCUUAAGAGUAACACUUAAUUAUCUUAAUAUCUGUAUUUAAACGUUAAGACUUCACUGACUAUCUUAUUGAUCGAAGCUCAUUUAUGUCACAGACUCCUACCAUAAACUUUCUUUUCAUUGGCCGAUAUGCAGCAGCCUGACGUCGGUCAGAGUCCACGAGGUUUAUAAAGAACUAACAGCUCAUGUUCAUUUUCUAGCUUGCUAACUCAUCACAGAUUAGCUCUAAAUGAAUCGAGCUUUUUGUCAUGGGGUCGGUGGUGGUUUUUGGUAUUUUCAAUACGGUUUUCUGCCCAGGGCGGCACAGCACAAGGGAUAUAGUUGCGUACUGGUGCUUGUUAGCAUGUUCAGUCAAUGGAAAUGGAUCCUUGAGGCCUUUUCGGACCACUGGUGACCCGUUUCCAAGGAACAUCACUAGAACAUGGCGGGAUUUAUCGAGAAACUCUUAUGCAACCUGAUGAACCAAUCACAUUAGACUCCUAAUCAGUCCCGUCUGUCUGGCCCGAACGGGACUACAGCUCUUAGGGUUCCAGAGAAUGGGCUGAACUGGGCCAUAAGGGCUAAUCCAAGAACCGCCACUGACUUGGAAAGUUAAAAAAAAAAAAAGAAAAAAAGACUGGAUGUUUUCUUUGCAGAUUGUGUUUGUGCAACUUAAGUUAUGAACAGCUGUAAUAGAGUUGGUGUUUAUGUCAGACUAAACAAAAAUAACUAAAAUUCUGCUUUUGUGGGUUUGUAAAAAAUAAAAGAAAAAAAAGAUAGCUUUGGCAAAAAUGACAAAACUGAACCUUGAAUGUGAGGUUUUAUUUUUUUUUUACCACUGAGCAAAGAUAAUUCAAAUAUCUUCCUGCCUUAACCAGAUUGCUUUUCUGUUACUUUUAAAAAUAUAUAUUUUAGUAAAUGGAACUUCCUCCUGCGUCUCCUCAGCUGCGGCUUUGUGUAAUAUUCCCUGUUAUAUUUCAGGGUGUAUUUCUAGCGUUGGGAUUCAGCACUCCCUCUCUUGUUUAUAAGGAGUUUUUGUGGCCGGACCGCAUUGGUUUCUCCUCAGCACUUUACGGCAGCGAUUGUUGUGUUCCUAAUUGGACUCAAACGUUGAUGUUUUCAAAUGGAAAUCUUUUUUAAAUUUAGACAAUAAAUCCCUUGUACUUCCUCUUUCCUUUUUUUUUUUGUCGUCUGUGUAACCCCCACCUCCGCGCACACCCUCGCUACAUCCAUGUGGACAUCAUAUUUCCCUGUCAGCAUUCAUCAUAACACACGCGCACACAGCGAUGGUGAUCUAAAUUUUCACUUCCUACAUCUGAAUCUGAACCGCGUAGUUGAGGAAAAACAUGCCUUGUCCCUCCCUAUCAUCACCACACGCAGCUUUAACACACAUCCCUGCCUAGAAUAAUUUUUUACUUUUUUCCCCUUCUUUUUCAUUUAACAGCCCUGAAUGUCUUGUGAACAGAUUUGUAAAAUAAAUGAUGGAUGCAUGCCC